UUCCCAAGAUCCUCACUAAGUAUCUGUCUGGUGCUGGAAGGGGAAACUUCGGGGUUACAGAAAGUACACAGAACAAAACAAGAGUCACUUGUGGGAGACGGAUGUUUACAAGGCAGGAAGCUGUCUUGUGAUGUGAGUGGUGUCUUGUUCCGCACUGUUGUCUGGCUAUGGAUUUCUCUAGCAUUAUUGUGAGAUAUCAAGAGCUUGCCCUGGUGACCCUGUCCUGCUCUGAGGUUCUACUGACUCAAUGUCAUGGUCUGAGAAGCCCUACCAUGUUCUUAGCAGAGAAGAUGGAAACCCUUGACCACACCUGCCGCUGUCCUUCUCAGGCUGAGGCUCCAUGGACCUUCUAAACAGCUCCACUUCAAACUAGCUUGAGCAAGAGAUUUCCAAGAAAUCUUUCCAACCUCUGCUGGAGGCUCAAAAGAAGCAGGCCAGUCACUGUCAAUAUCUUCAUUGGAGAGAGGGACAGCAUCAGGAAGCUCCUGGCCAGUCUCCUAGAGUUCAGCGCUGAGGAUGGAAUUAGAUGGGGGAUCCUCAUCCCCACCAGAAGCCAUCACCACUGUAGAAGUAUCCAAUGCUGGGCCUAGCAACUCCUCCCUGGGGAAGCCCCAAGUCCUCCCCAUUAGGCCCAGCACCUACCAAGGGGAACUUGGCAGCCAGGGCGCAGCAGGGAGCUGCCUUCUAGAUCUUGGCCUGAAGAUUCCCAACCGGGACAGUGGAAUUGACAGCCCAUCCUCCAGCGUUGCUGGUGAGCACUUCCCCUGUGAGGAGGGCAGUGAGGUCCCCCCAGACCCCACCAUGCUGGGGCUGCACCCUGAAACAGCCAUGGACAGUGAGACACCACAGAAUUCACUCCGAGAGGAGGACAACAAUGAUGUGGACGAGGACCCUGAUGCUGAGAACACCCCCCUGAAGACGGACGACAUUGGCCAGGCCCAGAAGCUGCUCCAGAUUGCCCAGGAACUCCUGCACACCGAAGAGACCUAUGUGAAGCGGCUGCACUUAUUGGACCAGGUUUUCUGCACCCAGCUGACAGAAGCAGGCAUCCCUCAGGAAGUUACCACGGGCAUCUUCUCUAACAUCUCCUCCAUCUACCGCUUCCAUGGGCAGUUCCUACUACCCGAGCUGCAGACACGAAUCACAGAGGAGUGGGACACAAAUCCCCGGCUUGGGGACAUCUUGCAGAAGCUGGCUCCAUUCCUGAAGAUGUAUGGCGAGUAUGUCAAGAACUUCGACCGGGCAAUGGGGCUGGUGAGCACAUGGACACAGCGCUCACUGCCAUUUAAGGAUGUAAUUCACAGCAUCCAGAAACAAGAGGUGUGUGGAAAUUUGACACUGCAACACCACAUGCUGGAGCCUGUGCAGAGGGUCCCCCGCUAUGAGCUGCUGCUCAAGGACUAUCUGAAGAGGCUCCCCAGAGAUGCCCCAGAUCGAAAGGAUGCAGAGAGGUCUCUGGAGCUCAUCUCCACAGCUGCCAACCACUCCAAUGCGGCCAUUAGGAAAAUGGAAAAAAUGCACAAGCUCCUGGAGGUGUACGAGCAGCUGGGUGGAGAAGAGGACAUUGUCAACCCAGCCAAUGAGCUGAUAAAGGAGGGCCAAAUUCAGAAGCUGUCAGCCAAGAACGGCACAGCUCAGGACCGUCACCUCUUCUUGUUCAACAGCAUGGUCCUCUACUGUGUGCCUAAACUGCGGCUCAUGGGCCAGAAGUUCAGUGUCCGGGAGAAAAUGGACAUCUCUGAUCUCCAGGUACAGGAUAUUGUCAAGCCAAAUGCAGCACCUACGUUCACUAUAAAGGGAAGAAGAAGGUCCCUGGAACUUCAGACUCGGACAGAAGAAGAGAAGAAAGAAUGGAUUCAGGUCAUUCAAGCCACCAUCGAGAAGCACAAGCAGAACAGUGAGACCUUCAGAGCUUUCAGUGGUGCCUGCAGCCAGGAUGAGGAGUCCACCUUGUCGCCAGACUCACCUGUGGUGAGUGCAAGUUCUGUGGAGCCUGUGGGGGUGACUGACGGCAGUGGGAAUGCCACAGGGUUUGAGUCCAGAAAAUUAUCCUCUAAGACCAGACGUGACAAGGAAAAGCAGAACUGCAAGAGUUGUGGGGAGACUUUCAACUCCAUCACCAAGAGGAGACAUCACUGCAAACUCUGUGGGGCGGUCAUCUGUGGGAAGUGCUCUGAGUUCAAGGCGGAGAACAGCAGACAGAGCCGUGUCUGCAGAGCAUGCUUCUUGAGCGAACCAGUAACUCCUAUGAACCCCAGCUCCGAGGCUCUCACAGAGUCCAAGCAAUGCACAGAGAAUGCACCUGCUGCAGAUUCCCGGCCCAGCCUACUCUGUGGCCCCCUAAGAUUGUCAGACAAUGGGAUGGACUGGAGUGAAGUGUGGGCCGCCAUCCCUGAGUCAGACUCCCAGGUGCUGGACCUGCAAGGAAACAACCAGGCUGCUCAACUGCCAUGCACCAUCCGCCUCCCUGGCUGCACAGUGAGUGUACCAGACCCCAAGGAGCACCUACAGGCAGAGCAUGUGUGGAAGCUGCAGCAGGGCCAGCAGACCUGGUACCUGAGUGCCUCCUCAACAGAACUACAACAGCGCUGGCUGGAGGUCCUGACCACCACUGCUCAGGGUGACACAGUCCAGAACAGCCAAGGAACCCUGUAGUCCCAGGCAUGGCCAUUCCAUGAGCCUAGCCCCACCCACAGCCCUUUGCACUGCCAUGUCAGACUUGUGUUCUGGGAGGUGAUAUUGGAGGCCACAUGAAGGAAUGAAGACUGUCAGUUGCCCAGAGCAUGAGGCAUUUGGCUUUGGAAGUCUCCUUUUGCUUUAGAAAGGAGGAAACAGAAAUUCAAAAAUGAACAGCCUCUUGUCCAGGGACCAUCCAGCAGAUCUUGGGCAAGAGCUCAGCCUCUGAUUCUUAGCCCAGAAGUAUGGCCAGAACAGUGAGCAUGGGCCACUGCAAGAUAAAAUGUCACCAAGCUGGUUGUGGUGACAUUAACUAGCAAAAGGCAGAAAGGAGGCCCAGGGAUGGUUUGCAGCUGGCCCUGGGUUAGGCAGAGCUACAUACAGCUCACCUUGGCCUCGGUACAUCCUGUCCACUGUGUGAGCUAGGCUGUGACUCACCUCCAAUGGGUAGCAUCUCCCCUUUCUGCCCUCUCCCAAGACUCUGCCUCACAGUCUACCUCCCCUGUUGAUCAAGAGGUCGACCUGCCCCAUCUCAUCUUGACACGUGGUUCCUGAACACCACAUUGGGAAGUUCUUCAGGGAAGCUGGUCCAGGCCCUGUGUGGCAGGCAUGUGAGGUUCACUGCUGACCCUGUAGCGGGCAGAUGCAGUGCUUGUCUAUGUAAAUAAAUGCUGGCUGUCAGCAGCAGGUUUGGCUUCA